CAUUAAUUGUACAAACCACGUUUAAACAAAUUUUAUUGUAGAAGCUGGAAAACCGGAAAACCCCUUAGACAUACAAAAAUACAAGAGUAAGAACGUUUAAAUUAAAUAUCGGUAAUUGAAAUUUAAAACAGAAAAGUACGUAUAUUAUAAUAAGUAAUGAUUUCAAAUGCUACAAUGUACGAUGUUUGAGUUCAUUCAUAUUUCAUUGAGAAUCAAUAUUUAUGAAAGCAAAAUACGACCUCGACACUGUGACAGUGAUUGCUGCUCAUUGUAUCAUCUCAACAUUUAAUAAUGACUACUCGCAUUAGUUGUGUUAAUGUAUAAUUUAUAAAUGGCUGAAUCGAAAUACUUUACUCAACAAAAUGAUCCUGAAACUGAAGAUUUAGCUGAUUGUUUUAUAAACUUAGAAAAUGAUCUUGUAUCACAGUUAAACAAUCUGAAAUAUGGUCCUAAUGUUGAUUAUAUUUAUAAUCCAUUAGAUUAUGCUUCCAAUUUACAUAAGAUAUUUUUAAAAAAGUUUUUAAAUUCAAACAAAAAAGUAUUAUUUUUAGGCAUUAACCCAGGACCCUGGGGAAUGUGUCAAACUGGUAUACCGUUUGGUGAAGUUGAAAUUGUUAGAAGUUAUUUAAAAGUAGAUGGAGAAGUAUUAAAACCCACAAAAUUUCAUCCUAAAAGACCAGUUACUGGUCUUGAUUGUCAUAGAAGUGAAGUAAGUGGUAAAAGAUUAUGGGAUCUUAUUAUUGACCUCACUGAAGAAGAUCCAUAUAAGUUUUUCAAAGAUUGCUUUAUUCAUAACUAUUUUCCUCUGGCAUUAAUGAAUAAAAAUGCUAAAAAUAUUACACCAGCGGAUUUGAAGAGUGAAUACCAAAAACAAAUACAUGAAAUCUGUGACAAAUCAUUGAGUGAUUUACUUACUUUACUUCAUAUUGACACCAUUGUUGCUAUUGGAAAAUAUGCYGAAAAAAGAUCUAAUGAAGUAGUCAAGAAUUUUAAAUUAAAUAAUAUUAAGGUUGUACGAAUUCCUCAUCCCAGUCCUCUCAAUUAUGGCAAAGCAGAAAAAUGGAAAAAUGAGACAUUAGUUAUACUCAAAUCAAACAAUAUUCUCCAGUUGUUUAAUUAAAAAUGGAUUGGAGUGAUCAUAUGAA